AUGAAAACAUCCAAGGUUGCCCCUAACCUUCCCCCCAGCCCUCCUAAGCUUCCGAUAAUAGGAAACUUGCAUCAAGUGAUAGGUAAAAACUUCCAUCAAAUCCUAUGGAAAGUCUCCCGAAAAUACGGCCCUAUUAUGACUGUCCAUUUAGGUGCCACACCAUACGUCAUCAUCUCCUCCAGUGAAUUUGCAAACCAGGCCUUAAAAACCCACGAUCAGAUACUUUGUAAUCGUCCACGUUCCAAGGGUUUCAAACGACUAACCUUCGACUACAUGGACGUUGCUUUCUCCCCUCAUGCUGAUCAAUGGAAGGAGAUGCGAAAGGUUUUGGUAACCGAGUUCUUAGGUUCUAAGAGGAGUAGAUUGUUCAAAAAAGUGGUAGACACUGAGGUCAAGGGCAUGCUUGAUUCUUUUUCAUCACUGCCUUUGAAUACUACCAUUGACCUAGACGAGAGGCUCUUUCAUCUUGUAACCGACAUUGUUAGCAAGGUAAAUUAG